AUGGUAAUUAAUUUUGUUGAUGCCAGACAACCAGGAGCCAAUCACGACUCCUUUAUUUGGAAAAAUAGUGUGGUAGAUAAAUACCUUAGGAAUGAGUUUAAUAGAGGCAAAGUAAACUCCUGGAUUAUAGGUGAUUCCGGUUAUCCUCUUCUCCCAUAUUUAAUGACACCGUGUAGAACAAUUAAUAGUAAUGAGGAAGAAAAUUUUAACAAUCGCUUUUGUAAGGCCAGAAACAUAAUAGAGCGUUGCAAUGGAGUUCUUAAGGGCAGGUUUCGAAGCAUUAUUGGUGAUAGAGGUUUGUUGUAUAGUACCAAGAAAGCUACACAGAUUGUAAAUGCAAGCUGUGCUUUACACAAUGCUUGCAUAUUUUAUAAGAAUGAUUGGCCCUAUCCUCAGGAAGUUCUAGAUCCGGAAGUAGAUAUAAUUGAGGAAGAUGCAGAUAAUACUGCUGCUGCCGAAAUACGAAGGCGGUUAGCACAAAAUUUGUCACAAUAGAUAAGAAGCCUAUUUAGCGACAUCUAUUCAUUUGACUUAAAUACGAUACUCAUAGUGUAGACUAUAGAAUAGACUAUAGACUAAAUACUAGGCUAUAGACUAGACUAUAGAU